AUGUGGACAGUACUUGAAACUGCAUUUCAGAACAAUGCUGACCUGUACUUACUACAGAUGGUACUGUUGGAAUACAAAUUACAUAGGCAGUCAUACAGACAUCUAGGGCAUAAAACGGAGAAGAUUGUUGUUAUUUUGAACUUACCUUUCCAGGUGGCAGAUGUGGAACUAAGUAGUGAAGAUCUUACUGCAGAAGAAAAAAGGAUUUUGCAAAGAAAACUGAAAAAAGAACGCAAGAAAGAGGAAAAAAGACUGAAACGAGAACAAGGAACCACAUCAGUAAAAACAGAAGUGAAAAAAUACUCAGGUGCUGAGUUGUCACUUGAAUAUCUGAUGAGGUGGUCUAGAAAUCGAUCAGAAUGGAAGUUCCAGAAAGCAAGACAAACCUGGCUUUUACAACAUAUGUAUGACACGGACAAGGUUCCUGAUGAAUAUUUUCCUGUGCUUUUGGAAUAUUUGGAAGGGCUGAGAGGACAUGCCCGAAACACCACUGUGCAGAAGGCUGAAGAAAUCAUGAGAGAACAUGAGAAAUGUGAAGUCAGUGUGUCUCCAGAGAAAGUGCAGCGGGCACGAGAGAUUCUCCAGAUGUUGUCAUGAUAUUAAUGUUGACUUUUUUCUUUUUUUUUCCCUAAAGUUUUCAUGCCAGGUGAAAGUUGCUCUGCCAGCAGUAGAAGUCAAGAAACACAAAUAACUAUGUAACAUGCAGUUGGCUGUUUCCCAGAAACCUUUUCUGAUAUGUUAUAUGGCAGGUCACACUUGACUUUUACUAGCAUCCCAAAAGUUUACACGGUUUAAAUUUUGAGCGUGAGUAGUACUUUCAUGCAUACCUUUAUGGUUAUAAAACUUUCAUUGUCAAACUGUAGUUGCUUUCUCGGUGCUCUGUGUUCUAAAGUUACUGGAUGUUCUUACUCUACUUUUCGAAAGCUAUUACAAAUUUAUUUAGUUUGUAUAGAUUAUGAUAGAUUAUGGAAUUUAGACAUAUGCUUCUGAUAAAGCCAUCUUCAAAAUAUAGUGAGAAGCUUUAGUGGGGAUUAAUCUCUAUAAUAUAAGUAGCAAAAUGGCCAUGGGAUUUUAUGGGAGUUUUUUUUUUCUUUUGAAACUGUGUUUUGAAAUGCAGCUUUUUAAAGAUUAAAUCUAGUAUUUGUAUUCCUCUCAGUUUAGGAAUGUAUGUGAACAAAGCAAAGAUAAAAAAAAUCUUGGCAGAGGUUACUACAUGCAAUUACAUUUUUAUUGCAGGGACCCUUCACCUCUUUGUCAAAAAAGCUGCAGAACUUUAAAUCUUGGAAAGGUUUUGCUCUUAGAUCAGCACUCUAGGCCAGCAUAGCUCAAGUGUUAGAGCAACAUAGUAAUGUAUUUUUAUUUUUUAAACAGGUGCAUAUAAUGAAUAUGUCUCACCAUGCCUCACUGAAAGAUAUCAUGUAUUUUGUACUUUCCCAUUGAUUUUUAAUAAAUUGCUCAAUAUUAAA